CCAUGAUUGGUGUUGUUAACCUAUAGUUGAGUAGUUUUACGACAGUAAAAAAAAACAGACUGGAUUAAAAUCCAUUGCUUUGGGUAUUUAAAUUUUUAAAUCCCAUUCCUUCAUGUUUCUAAACUCACCACCGCACUUUUACGUACCGCGAAUCUCCUGCACCUCCCACGCGUCAGUCGCUCGCGAUGCCCCGUGCUGGCCGUACGCCCGCUCUGCACUGAACUUGACAACUUUGCGAACGAGUUUCGAUCUAUGGCAGCUGUAGAAUGAGGGCCAGAGGAGAGUAGCAGGCGGCAUGGCGGGCAUGCCAGUGCUGGGUAACAGCGUUGGAGACCUGCACCCGAGAGGUAAGGAAUAUACAGCUCCAGGUGUAUAAUCCAGGUAUAGAGUAGCAGGCAUGGCGGGCAUGCCAGUGCUGGGUAACAGCGUUGGAGACCUGCUCCCGAGAGGUAAGGAAUAUACAGAUCCAGGUGUAUAAUCCAGGUGUAGAGUAGCAGGCAUGGCGGGCAUGCCAGUGCUGGCUAACAGCUUUGGAGACCUGCACCUGAGAGGGUAGGAAUAUAGAGCUCCAGGUGUAUAAUCCAGGUAUAGAGUAGCAGGCAUGGCGGGCAUGCCAGUGCUGGGUAACAGCGUUGGAGACCUGCACCCGAGAGAUACCAGUAACAGGUCGUCCAGCAGUGGCUCUCGCCGGGGCUCCUCGCCUCAACAAGCUCAGGAGAUCGAUGGCGAUGGUGAUCGGGACCCGGACCUCAUCAGCUCGCCGCCCCCGAGACAGUACGACCGUGACUUCCAUAAUGCCAAGAUUCCUACCAUGGCCACGCUCAGCAGCAGCGGGAUAAUCACGCACACCGCCCCAUCGUACGAGGAGCAGCGAGCCAGCCCCGCUUUGCUAAGUCGAGCUGGUGGCACUCCAGGGGGGAGGAGCGUCCGUGAUGACGGCUACUGUUCGGCUGGAAGCACACCACGGGCUCUGGAUCACAAAUCGACAAAAGGAUCCGUGGUCACCCUAUCAUGUUACAAAAAAGAGCCUAAAGUUCAAAUAGAGGAAGAAACAUACUACAACGAUGCGUCGAAAAGGAUUAGAGCAACCAGCAUUAAACCAGAACCGGACGACGGACGAGAAACGUGGGGGACGGGGGCGGAUUUCCUGCUCUCUAUCAUCGGAUUCGCAGUUGACCUCGCCAACGUGUGGCGAUUCCCUUACCUCUGCUACAGAAACGGUGGUGGAGCCUUCUUAAUACCCUACACACUAAUGCUGGUCUUCGGCGCCGUUCCCUUGUUCUACAUGGAGCUGAUACUGGGCCAGUACAACCGGCAAGGACCGAUCACGCUGUGGAAAAUAUGUCCAUUGUUUAAAGGUGUAGGGUUUUGCGCGGUGAUGGUGGCGUUCUACGUGUCCUUCUACUACAAUGUGAUUAUCGGCUGGGCGUUCUACUUCCUAGUAUCCUCUGCGCGCUCCGAACUACCGUGGUUGCACUGUGACAAUUCAUGGAACACGGAACAAUGCUGGGACGCAGCGCGACAUAACACGACGAACAAGACAGAAGUUCCAUAUCAGGGGCCGCUCUCACACUUCACUCCGGCUUCUGAGUUCUUUCAUCGAGCCGUACUAGAGAUGCAGUACUCCGAAGGCCUAAAUGACCUGGGCUUCCCAAAAUGGCAGCUCGCUCUAUGUCUCGGCCUAGUCUACGUCACCCUGUACCUCUCGCUCUUCAAAGGUGUCAAGAGCUCUGGUAAAGUGGUAUGGAUGACAGCAACCAUGCCUUAUGUGGUGCUGUCCAUACUGCUGGCGAGAGGUUUACUGCUCCCAGGGGCUACCCGAGGCAUCGCCUACUACCUGCAACCGGAGUUGACGAGGUUGAAAGACACGCAGGUGUGGGUGGACGCAGCAGUUCAGAUCUUCUACUCGGUGGGAGCUGGGUUCGGAGUCCACUUGUCCUACGCCAGCUAUAACACCUUUCACAACAACUGCUAUAGAGACUGUCUGGUGACGACUUUAGUGAACUGCUUCACGUCGUUCUUCUCUGGGUUCGUCAUCUUCACGUACCUCGGCUUCAUGUCUCACAAGCAGGGCGUGCCCAUAUCCUCGGUGGCUACCGAAGGUCCCGGACUAGUGUUCCAAGUGUACCCGGAGGCCGUGGCGACGCUGCCAGGAGCAAGUCUCUGGGCCAUGCUGUUUUUCUUCAUGCUCAUCAUGCUUGGCUUAGAUUCAGGGAUGGGAGGCCUGGAAUGUGUGAUAACAGGUCUUUUAGACCUGACGCGCGAGAGCGGCGCGCAUUGGCUGCGCCGGGAGCACUUCACUCUGAUCGUGGUCUGCGUCUCGUUCUGUGUGGCUUGCAUCAAUAUUACUCCAGGUGGAAUCUACAUGUUUCAUCUUCUGGAUACGUACGCUGCCGGCAUAUCGCUUCUGUGUUCUGCACUAUUUGAGGCCGUGGCAGUGUCGUGGUUCUACGGGUUGAAGAGGUUCUCAGAUGACGUGGAAGAAAUGCUUGGCUUCAGACCCGGAUUAUACUGGAGGAUAUGUUGGAAAUUCGUCAGUCCAAUAUUUAUCAUAGGUGUUGUAGUUUUCGGGCUUCUGUACCAGCAGCCACUGCAAUACCAGCAGUACAUGUAUCCCCAGUGGGCAGAGGUGCUGGGAUGGGGCUUGGCCUGUUCCUCCAUCCUGAUGAUACCCAUCGUGGCCAUUUAUAAACUGCUUAGCACUCCGGGGACGCUGCGACAGCGAGUUGCUUGCUGUAUAUCUCCGGAAUCGGAACACGAAGCUAUUCGAGCCGGUGCUCCAGUCUCCCGUUUCUCUUGGCGGCAUUGGCUCUAUGUAUAAAUACUAAUAACCCCGAACUAAAUACGGUAAAUUAGUAUUUGACAAAUUAAUGCAAACAUUACAGUUUGUAACCUCAUUAAUAUUGGAUUGGUGGGCAAUUUCAUCUUCCCGGGUAAAGUUGGGUAUCUUUGUGUGCUCUUAUAACACGAUUAUCUUGGUUCUACAUGAACGUUAGUGAGAGCAUUCUUAGGUUUUGGCAAUCCAGCGCUAAGAGUGAGAUUGAGAAAAUUUAACUAAUUAAUUGAUUGUAAUUUACUUCAUAAUUGUUUUAGAGCUUUAGGUGUAGAUAGUGACGAUGCUAUUUAAGAAAUUGUAUAUAUUUUAAACUUUAAUAGAGAAAAAACUCGUCUUAGUAGUAGUUGAUGAUCAAAACGUUAGUGUAAGUAUAAAAUACUUAGUUACAAAAAGUAUUAGAUACUUCAAGUAUCUUAUUAAUAAUUAAAUUAUUAUACAUAAUAUACCUAUAUAAUUACAAUUUGUUUCUCAUUUUCUUCUUCAAAACGCCAACUACUUGCAUUUAUUAUCAUUUAUUUAUUAAAAGAGAGUUUAAUAUUAUGUAUAAUGUCUGUGCUCUCAGCGAUUUUCUAAAACUCAUAAUAAUAGACAAACUAAAAUGCUUAUACCUACCCUCUAAGAGCGUAAAGUAGAAGAUGCCAACAUUGUUAAGUCUUCAUAUUAACUACCAAGUUUCGACUAAUUCAUUUUAGAAUUAUUUCAAUAUAAGUCGGUACAUUACUUUAUAUUAAUAAAUAACAAUACUAUUCCCAAAUUCAUAUAAAUUUGUUGCAUAAAUUCAUUAAUAAAACGAAACUAGCUUUAAUCGGCGGGCAAUGUUAAGAGAAGGGCAAAGUAGGAAAGCAUUACUGUAAUAAAAAUUAUUAAUGUUAAUAUUGUAAAUAUGAAAUACAACAAUAUACUCCUUUAUAUUAUUGGAACAAAAUACUCGUCCCAUACUGGACCAAUAUCGCUAACAAAUCUGUGACGUACACAAUAAUUUUGUAUAUAAUAUUUACCUGAAUAAACACAUGUUUAAUCAUAUUAUAUACUUAUAUUUUGCAAUUUCUAUGCUUACAUAUUUUUAUAAUAUUUAUAAUACGUUUUUUAUCCAAACUUUUGCAUGGACAAAGUAGAUAAUUGAAACGACGAAAUAACAUUAUUUCUGCGUAGUUGACGUAUGCAGCAUUUAAAUUUAAGCAAUAUGAUAAAUUGAUAAUAUACUUCAUAGUGCAAAGUUUGUUGGACAAUGAAAAUGUUUAUCAAAACUUUGGUAAAGUGAUUUGAAAAUAUAUAUUAUUAUUUUUAAUAAUGAAAUGAACUUCGGAGAAUGGCUUUUAAGUUACAUUUACAACUUUUAAAAGUCUAAAUUAAUCAUUUUUUCCAUAAUGAUAUUCAGAUCAGAUCUGUCGACCGACACAUCUGAUCUGUGCAUAAUUUCCUCCAUACAUUAUUAGAUUUAUCCACGACCCACAUCUUGUUAUUAUACAUAUCUGACAGACAUAUCUCUAUGUAUUGUACCAUUUUUUCAGGUAAGUACAUAGAGGAUAAGUACACACAUGGGUGUAUUUUUGAAAUGUAAUAUUUGCGUCAACCUACUGUUCAGUUAUUUCUUUAGAUUUUGAGAAAAAAUAACAAUGAUGUAAAAAAUACCUACAAAAUAGGAUUUGAAUGAUACAUGGGGCGCCGCUUUACUUAAAGUUUAUAAGUAAUAUUAUAAUAAAAUAAAUUGAACCAGGAAUAUGACGCCCGUAGCAGAUAGAUGACAGCCAUAGCAGAAAAAUUACGUCGGCAUUGCUUUCAUAUAAGUUUUUUAAAGAAAAUUACCUCCCGUUUAGUAAGAAAUUUAAAAUGAAAGUUGAAUGGUAUAAAAAGCAUCCGCUUAUUAAUUUACUAUCAAUGAGAGUUUGAAAUCAUUUGGGCCAGGAAUAUGAAGCCUAAGGUAGGAAAAUGACAUAUGUACACAAUAAUUUACAUUUGAAAUCUUAAUUAUGUAAUAUUUAUAACUAAAUGCAUUAAGGAUGCGUUUAUGCUCCCGGGGUUAUAUAAUUAUGUUUGAACCAUUAAAAUAAUUAUUUUUGCUGUUUGCCUUUUUACUGUAUAUUAUUACUAGGAAAAUAAUGCAAGGAAGGUGAUGAUAAUGAAUGUUUUUUUACGAUUACGGUUUAACCAAAUACAUAUUGUAUGUGUUAUCUAUACAUAAAAAUAAAGAUAACAGGAGCUAUUAAGGAGUAAAAAAAUAUAUGUAAUAAAGUCAUUCUAGAUGCUUCAAAAUUAAUCCAAGAAAUGGCGUUUUAUGAGGACGAAAAUAUAUUGCGUGAAUGGCACACCUCAUAAGCAGCUUAAAACUUUUUAGAUGUAGGUACCUACUUCCAUUUGUUUUUACUAAGCACAACUGACGUAUUUAAUCAUAAUGCCACAAAGGUGGUAUUAAGUAUCUUCGGACAAUUCAAUAUCAAAAAGGUAUUUGAGAGAAGUCGUAUUCAAACUAAACGUGUGACAAAGGCACAAUGAGUACACAGUCAGCGUUGAGAUAAAGUAUUAUUUGCCUAAGUAGUGCAUCAUUUGUUGACGACCGGUCUGGCCUAGUGGGUAGUGACCCUGCCUAUGAAGCUGAUGGUCCCGGGUUCAAAUCCUGGUAAGAGCAUAUAUUAGUGUGAUGAACACGGAUAUUUGUUUCCGAGUCAUGGGUGUUUCUAUGUAUUUAAGUAUUUAUAAUUAUAAUAUAUUAUAUAUAUCGUUGUCUAGGUACCUAAAACACAAGCCUUAUUGAGCUUACUGUGGGACUUAGUCAAUUUGUGUAAUAAUGUCCUAUAAUAUUUAUUUAUUAUUUAUUUAUUUAUUUUAUGUGAAAUUUUAUAAUCUUUCCAAAGAUAUAAAGUAAUACAUAUGUGAAGUUAUGUUACCUUUAUGUUACAUAUUUUGUGCCCCUGACAUGUCUCGACUUACUGCACGCAGUUACAGUAAUUUGGAUUUUGGUGGUGUUAAUAUUACUAUUAUGCCUCACUGUAUUUAUAUGUGAUAUAUGAUAAAAAAAUAGUGUGAACUAUUUUUGUUACUAGUUUAGUAUUAACUAGCCUGUAACACAUCACAUUUCGAGAAUACACCCACAUCUGUCGCCCGAAUGAUUGGCCCGUCUAUUUCAACCUAAUUUUAAGGCAACAAUAUUCAUUUUUAUACAAUAUUAGAGACCAGUAAAUGUACUAUAAAUAGGCCUAAACUUAGUAGAGCGCUUUAUUCGAAUCUUGUAAAACUUGUUAUCUUUGUGUUCGGUAGCCUUAAUUUUGGAUAGAUAUAUUGUUAUAAAUAUAAAAUUAAACGUUUAAGUAGAAAAAUAUAUGCCUAAUAGUGACAUAAAAAUGUUUAGAUAAAUAUAUAUUUAUAAUGUUACUUCCAGUGAAAUAUUUCAACAUUGUCAGUUAUUGUAACUUUGCUCCAAAUAAAUAAAAUUUCAUAUUUUACGCAUCAUCUUAACAAAUUAAAAAAGUAUUAUACUCUCGAACUCUAUUUUUCUACAAAAUAAAGCGUCUAGUACUUUUAGAAAAUAUAUUUUUCUGUGGGCAAAGUUAAAAGUAAUAGGGCAAUGUUGUAAUGUUUUAUGUUAUUUAAUUCGUGUAUGGAAUAGCAAUGCUCCGGGAGAGUUAAAACAAAUCAAUAUAUUGAAUAUUAAUGUUGUGCAAUAUAUAUUAUUAGAUAUUGUAAAUAAUAUAUAUUUUAGAGGUUUCCGCAGAAUUAAAUGUAAAACUGUGUUCAUUCAUUUAUAAAUAAAUGUCUUAGAUAACUGUAUGUUUGUUUAUUUUAUUACCCUUUUAAAUAAAACGGCCAAGAGCAUGUCGAGCCAUGGAGUGUAGGGUUUCGUAGCUCUCUAUUUAACGAUAACUCUCUAUAAAAAAUAAUAAAAAAUGGCCGGGCUCUUGAGUGUCGCUAUAUAGAGUUUAUCAAUGAAAAAUUAAACUUGAGCAGAUCUUUGGCUCUUGUUUAUGGUAAAACGUUGCCAGCGAUUAAAAAAUGAUGGUAACUACUUGUUUUACAGGAUUUGUCUAUACCAUCCCAUUACUGGUGCCUGUUCCAUUAUAGGGGUGUUUACUAUAUCAGUGAAAGAAUAAGGAUCAAAGUGAAAUGGCGUUCUAAA